GAAUUUUCAUUCGUUAAUAGAAAAGUUCUUGGCUUGACGAGAAAGAAAAGUGUCUAAAAAGGGUUGGGGGCACUGAUAGUCUGCUACCGCUACCAAAAUCAAAGAAUUUACAGCAAGUACCGAACCCUAGAGCUCGAGCUCCUCCAUCCAGAUUUAGCUUUUGGCAGAGAUGACUCAAGAUGUGGAGAUGAAAGAUCACCAAACUCCUCCUCAUUCCGUUACCUCUGCCGUUCCCUCCACUUUGCACCAUUUGAAGGAGAUUGCUUCACUUAUUGAGACUGGUUCCUACACUAAGGAGGUUCGCCGUAUAGUCCGUGCCGUUCGCCUCACGUUCGGGCUGAGGCGGAAGCUCACGGCGCCUGUGCUCUCUGCAUUUCUCGAUUUUGCGCUGCAGCCUGGUUCCGAGGCUCUUGCUAGAUUGUCUUCGUUUCUUCCUAAGGAAGAUGAGCAUGAAAUGGAAGUCGAUACUGCAACAUCUGCUGUUCAGACUCCAGCAAAACACUUGUUGCCGGAGCUCGAGAUUUACUGCUAUUUGCUUGUACUCCUUUUUCUUAUUGAUCAGAAGAAAUACAAUGAGGCUAAAGCUUGUUCCUCAGCAAGUGUUAAUCGGCUCAAGAGCCUAAACAGAAGAACUCUUGAUGUCCUAGCGUCAAGGCUUUACUUCUAUUACUCAUAUAGCUAUGAGCUCACUGGCGAUCUGGCUGAAAUUCGUGGCAACCUCCUUGCCUUGCAUCGUAUUGCUACACUACGCCAUGAUGAGCUUGGGCAGGAAACACUUCUAAACUUGUUGUUGCGUAAUUACCUCCAUUAUAACCUCUAUGAUCAGGCGGAGAAGCUGAGGUCUAAGGCACCACGAUUUGAAGCACACUCAAACCAGCAGUUUUGUCGAUAUCUCUUCUACCUAGGGAAGAUUCGAACAAUUCAGUUGGAGUAUACUGAUGCAAAAGAGAGUCUGCUACAGGCUGCUCGUAAAGCCCCUGUUGCAGCUCGGGGCUUCAGAAUUCAGUGUAACAAGUGGGCUAUAUUAGUCCGUCUGCUGUUGGGUGAAAUACCUGAGAGGACAAUCUUUAUGCAGAAAGGAAUGGAGAAGGCUUUGAGGCCUUACUUUGAGCUGACAAAUGCUGUACGGAUUGGUGACUUGGAGCUCUUUAGGACUGUUGCAGAGAAGUUUGCUAGCACUUUCAGUACUGACAAGACACACAAUCUCAUAGUCCGGCUGCGACAUAAUGUCAUUAGGACUGGAUUACGCAACAUCAGUAUCUCUUAUUCACGCAUUUCACUGGCUGAUGUUGCUGAAAAAUUAAGGUUGAACUCCAAAACUCCAGUUGCAGACGCUGAAAGCAUUGUAGCUAAGGCUAUCCGUGAUGGUGCAAUAGAUGCUACAUUAGACCAUGCAAAUAGUUGGAUGAUAUCAAAAGAGACUGGUGAUAUAUAUUCUACCAAUGAGCCUCAAAUAGCCUUCCACUCAAGGAUUGCUUUCUGCCUUAACAUGCACAAUGAAGCAGUUCGAGCCUUACGAUUUCCACCUAACACACACAAGGAGAAGGAAAGUGCAGAAAAAAGGAGAGAGCGGCAACAGCAAGAACAGGAACUAGCAAAGCAUAUUGCGGAGGAGGAUGAUGAUGAUUUUUAAGGAAUUUUUUUUCCUUUUGUGAUUUUGAGCUGAAAUAUGCUUCUCAACUUCCGUUAAUGUCUCUCAUUUGAAAGGCUAGUUCAUACUUUCCAAUUUUAUGAAUAGUAACCAUUUUUACUUGGACGAAUUCACCAGUGUUGUUAUCAAUACAAAAUUUUAAUGUCUGAUCUGGUGCUGGGCAGUAGGUCGAUUGUCCCAAA